AUGGCUACCCUUCGCUCCGUCUUCGUCCUCGCCUUGAUCCUCGUCUCUCUCCCCGCACUCUAUGCCGCGUCCUCGCCAAAGCGGGGCGACGAUGCUGCUGGAAGCGCGGCCGUGGACGCGGCGAGGUGGGGCCGCACGCUGCUGGAAGCGAGCAGCGGCUCCGCCGCUAGCGAUGCUGACGUGGACCAGGUGGGUAGCGCGGAGGAGGAGGAGGAGGUGGGGGACCAGGCCACGGACGGGCUGGACGAGGCGGUGCGGGUGCUGAUUGGCGCGGAUGCGUGGAAGAGCGUCGUGGAGAAUAUGCGGCAGGCGAAGAAGUGGAGGGCGGCGGCCGAGGCGAAGGCGGGAGGCAAGGCGAAGAAUGGCGGCGUGGAUGGUGUCAAGGGUGCGGCGAGCGCGCACAGCAGCGGCAAGGGCAGGAAGGGAGCAGCGGCGAAGAUGAACUGGAAGAAGAUCCAGGAAGAGGCGAGGAACGCCGUGGUGAGCAAGGCGGGAGGGCUGGCGAAGAAGGGCGGCAUCGCUGCUGGGGGAAGCGCAGGCGUGGGCGCGGCGAGUUGGGGCCGCAAGCUGCUGGAAGCGAGCAGCGGCGCGGCUGCAAGCGGUGCUGACGCGGACCUGAACCAGCUGGACGUGCACGUGGGUGGCGAGGAGGAGGAGGUGGGGGAGGUGACGGACGGGCUGGACGAGGCGGUGCGGGUGCUGCUGAGCUGGAAGAAGAUCAAGAACGCGGCGAAGAACGCGGCGAGCAAGGCAGGAGGGGUGGCGAAGAAGGUGGUGCAGAAGGGCGGCGUGGAGGCGCUCAAGGCGGCGGCCAAGGGGUACAGUAACGGCGGCAUGAAGGGCGCUCUCAAGGCCGGCGGUACCUCGUUUGCUAGCACCGCGAAAAAGAUGGCGGUUCGCCCCCACCACACGCCUCCCUCCCCCCUGCCCCGCUCUGCUGCUGCUUCUCCCGCCCCCACCACCCCUUCCUCUGCCGGCCCCUCCCCUCUGUGCCCCUGCACUUCCCUGCCUCCCCCUUCCACCCCUCUGCUGACCCUGGACGCUGCCGAGGCUCGGCCCGAGCCAUGGGCUGUCCGUGGUGGUGCUGCUGCUGAAGCAGAGGUGGCAGGGGGGUUUCGGAAGGGAGGGGCGGAGGAGGGGCGAGCACCGGCGAAUGGUGGUGCGUGUGAUGGUGGGGGAGCGGGAGGGCGGGGGUGA